AUGUUGAUUCUUCUUUCUUCUUCUUCUUCUUUUCUUCUUCUUCUCUGUCUUCUCUUGCUUUUUUAUUUUUUUCAUCCGAAAAUAAAAGCUUUUUAUCCAAGUUUCCUUUUUGAAAAAUUCUUUGUUGUCGUUGCUAUUCUUCUUCUUCUUCUUCUUCUUCUUCUUCUUCUUCUCUGUCUUCUCUUGCUUUUUAUAUUUUCAAUUCCUCUUUUUUGUCAAUUUAUUUAUUUCUUUCUUUUUCAAAAGGAUUUUACGCUUUCAUUAUCCACUUUCCUUUUUCUUUUCGUCUUGUGGUCGUUGAUAUUCUUUUCUUCUUCUUCUUCUUCUUCUUCUUCUUCUUCUUCUUCUUCUCUGUUUUUUUUUUUUUCUUUUUCAUUCCUUUUCUUUGUCAAUUUAUUUAUUCUUUCUAUUUUCAUAAUCCGAAUUACAGCUUUCAUUUAUCCACUUUCCUUUUCUUUUUUUUUUCUUGUUGUCGUUGCUAUUUUCUUCUUCUUCUUCUUCUUCUUCUUCUUCUUCUUCUUCUCUUCCAUUUUACAUUCAUUCACUAUCCACUUUCCUUUUCUUUUUUUCGUCUUGUUGUCGUUUUUCUCUUCUUCUUCUUCUUUUCUUCUUCUUCUUCUUCUCUCUUCUCUUGCUUCUUUUCCUAUUUUCCUUCCUCUUUUUCUUUGUCAAUUUUUUUAUUCUUUUUAUUUUCAGUCCGAUUUUAAGCUUUCAUUAUCCACUUUCCUUUUUUUUUUCGUCUUGUCUAUUGUCGUUGCUAUUCUUCUUCUUCUUCUUCUUCUUCUUCUUCUUCUCUUCUUCUCUUUUUUUUUAUAUAUUUAUAUGUCUUUCUUUGUCAAUUUAUUUAUUCUUUUUCUUUUUUCAGUCCGAUUUUACAGCUUUCAUUAUCCAAUUUCCUUUUUUUCAUUUUCGUCUUUUUUUCGUUGCUCUUCUCUUAAUUCUUCUUCUUUUCUUCUUCUUCUUUCUUCUUCUCUUUUUUUUUCUAUUUUUUCAAAUCCUCUUUCUUUUAAAAACAGCUUUCUUUAUCCAUUUUCCUUUUUUUUUCGUCUUGUUUCGUUGCUAUUUUCUUCUUCUUCUUCUUCUUCUUCUUCUUCUUCUUCUUCUUCUUCUUCUUCUUCUUCUUUGCUUUUUUCUAUUUUUCACUUCCUCUUUCUUUGUCAAUUUAUUUAUUCUUUCUAUUUUUCAAAAGCCUUUAAUUUAAUCAUUAUCCACUUUCAUGAAAUUUUUUUCGUUCAAAUUCUUCUUUUUCUUCUUCUUCUUCUUCUUCUUCUUCUUCUUCUUCUUCUUUUUUUUUUUCAAUCCCUUAUUUGUUGUUGUUCUUUUUUUUACUCCGUUUCUUCCAUCCUUUUUAAUGUCUUCCUUUCCUUUGGCUUCAUUAUCUCCUUCACCAUCCGGCUCGCUUUUUUUCUUUUUCUUCAUUAUUUAUUAUUUACUACUUUUUAA